AUGUGGGGCAGUACGCAGCACCGUGUCGCGAACGACUGGGCAGCAUUUCUCACCCUUGGGGCAUUCACUGGUCUCUACUUUGUGGGGUUCAAGCUCUUGGUCGCGGUGUAUAAAGAGAGGAAGGUCACCCUGGCACUGGAUGGUCAGGGACUACAUCGCCCCAAGUCGACCUUACCAAUUCUAGGGAAUACUCUGGACGUGAUGUUUUUCCAGAAAUACCGGUUGCAAGAUUGGAUGGCUGAUCAAACGCAAUUGAGUGAUGGCAAACCCUGGGUCCUCAGUAUCAUCGGUCGUCCUCAAACGCUCAUAGUCACGUCUCCUGAAGCCUGUGAAGAUGUGUUCAAGACCCAAUUUGACAACUUUGGUAAAGGGGAAGAGCUCGUGGACCUGCAGCACGAUAUCUUUGGGGAAGGGCUUGCAGGUGUCGAUGGUGAAAAGUGGCUCAAGCAACGGCGGAUUGCGAGUCACAUGUUUUCUCUGAAGAUGCUGCGGGACGUGAUGAAUGAGGUCAUUAUGGAGAAAUCCAUGAAACUACGUGACGUCCUGGCACAGUGUGCAAAGGACGGUCGCAUUGUGCCAAUGAAGUCCCUGCUUGGUAAGUUUUCCAGUGACGUAUUUACCAAGGUUGGGUUUGGUGUCGAUCUGCACGGGUUGGAUGGCGAUGUGAACUCGGAAAUGGACCACCCGUUCAUCAAGGCUAUAGACGGCUAUGCAGAAGUCUUUGGCGCGCGUCUACAGUCGCCCAUGUGGUUCUGGAAACUCAAACGUUUCUUGAACAUCGGGGACGAGCGCAUGCUCAAGCAGUGUAUCAAGGUUGUCACCGACUUGUUGAAUGAAGUCAUGCUCAAGUCAAUGACUAACAAAACGGCUGAAGAUUGGAAGACAAAGACGGACCUGCUGACGCUGUUUGUGAAUCACACUGGCAAGACAGCUCCUUCCGACUUGCGUGACGCGACGAUGAACUUCUUCUUAGCGGGCAAAGAGACAACGAGCUUUAGCAUCGCGUGGGUCAUUGUGAACCUCAACCGGCAUCCACGAGUGCUCGCGAAGCUCCGUGCACAGAUACGUGAGAACCUCCCGGAGCUCAUGACGGGUGAGCUACAAGUCCCAACGAUGGAAGACUUGCACAAGAUUCCGUACCUCGAAGCUGUGCUCAAGGAAAGUUUGCGGUUACACAUGACGGGCGUUCACCGCACGCCCGUGCGAAGCACGACACUUCGUGAAGGCACUUUUGUGCCAGUUGGAUCGUACGUGGUCAUGUCCGUGUAUGCGGCGGCCCGUGUGAAGAAGGUGUGGGGGGAGGAUGCGGCCGCGUUCAACCCAGAGCGCUGGAUUGACGCGAAUACCGGCAAGAUCAAGCACGUCAACCCGUUUCAGUUCAUCACGUUUGGUGGUGGUCCGCACCAGUGCAUUGGCAUGCGCUUCGCUAUGCUCGAGAUGCAAACGGUGAUGGCGGUCCUGUUCAGUCGGUUCGACAUCAAGACUGUCGAGGAUCCGUUUGAGAUCACCUAUGACUAUAGUGUAACGCUGCCGGUCAAGGGACCGCUCGAAUGCACUGUGCGCGAAGUAAAUGCCCCCGCCUACUAA